GACAAAUUAGGUCAUUUGAAGCAAACCGCGUUCCUACAGCGUGACCGUGGCAGAGAAUCAUGUUCAUUAAAAUCUGCAGAAGUUUCUCCUUCCCCAUAUAGCUUAACCCCUCACCUCCUUCCCCACAUUCCCUUCGAACUCAACAAUGGCGCUCGAUGACCAUGCCAAUCCCAAUUCCCAUCCCUUCGACGCCAAAGGCUACGCUCUCACCACCAACAUCCUCCUCACCAUCACCUUCUUCUUGUUGUUCCUCAUCAUCCUACUGAUUUUCCUUCACUUCUACGCCCGCUGGUACCUCCGCCGUGCCCGCCUCCGUCACCGCCAGCGUCGCCGUUCAUAUCUUGUCUUCUACGUCGACGACUCCGUCCCCUCUGACGCCCCAACAUCCGUCGGUCUUGACCCCUCAGUGAUUCAGUCUCUUCCUGUCUUCGUUUAUUCCGCCCACUCCGACCCAGUGGAAUGCGCUGUGUGCUUGUCUGAUUUCGAAGAGAACGAAUCGGGUAGGGUUUUGCCCAGAUGCAGCCACACUUUUCACGUCGAAUGCAUCGACAUGUGGUUCCAGUCUCACUCGACCUGCCCUCUCUGUAGAUCUUUGGUUGAACCUGUUCCGGCCGGUGACCGACCCGGACCGGAGGUGGUGAUCAAUGUGUGCGAACAGGGUUCGAGUUCAGGAUGUCGUCAGGAUGGACAAGAAGAGAACCGAAGCGGCCGGACGCUCUGUUCUUCGUCGUCUUCAGUUGGGUUGAGGCGGAAGCCGUCGUCCGUUGGUGUAGCAAUUGAGGUGAGCAGAAGCUUCGGGAAAGAGGCGGAGGGGUCGACGACGUCGUUUAGGUCACCGGGGGGACGUUUGCUAUCGUUCCAGCGAGUACUGAGCAGAGAGAAGAAGCCGAGUCCUUCGUCCCCAUCGUCGGAAAAGAGUGCCGCUGGAUGCGGCUCGAUGACCGAGAUAGAGACGAGUCAGUGAGUUAACUCGGAUACGCAGUGUAAUUAUGGAGUGAUUAUGUUUAGCGGGGGCCGACUCCAUAAGUUGUCUGGUGGGACGUAUACAAAUUUAUGCCGCUCACCAAACCUCAUGUAAAAUUAUGAAUUUUGUUGGCAAAAAAAAAAAAAAAAUCAGGAAUUUUGGAGAUGUGGAUAUGGUAUUAGAAAAAUAAUAUUUUUUAGGUUUUAAAAUGAAAUAAGUUUAUUUACUUUUUUUUUUUUU